AUGUUAGUGCCAUUAACCAACUCUGAGGAGCACAGGGACUGGCCCCCUGCUGGGACUCUGAGGAGCACAGGGACUGGCCUCCUGUUGGGACGUAGAGGAGCACAGGGACUGGCCUCCUGCUGGGACUCUGAGGAGCACAGGGACUGGCCUCCUGUUGGGACUCUGAGGAGCACAGGGACUGGCCUCCUGCUGGGUCUGAGGAGCACAGGGACUGGCCUCCUGCUGGGAUUCUGA